AUGCCCGCCAUCACCUAUGCCUUUCCUCCUCACAGGCCGAUGGUGCCGGACACGACGGAGCAGAUGGGACCUGAGUUCGGUUCCGACUCGUGGCCCUCCAUCGAGUCUUUUCUCUCACGCGGCGAAGCCCCGGUCUUCUUUGGGUUUGGCUCGAUGAUCUGCCAAAGCUCGAAGUUCAUGACCCUCCUGAGCCUCCGCGCCCUGCGCCUCACGGGCCUGCGCGGAAUCCUCUGCGCCUCCUGGUCCGACAUGUCGGUGGACCUUGUGGAUGGGGAGCCAGAUGCAGAGGACCUCAAAGCGUACAGCCAAGAGAACGUCCUGUUCGUGAAAUUCGCACCGCACGGAGCCCUUUUUCCGCGGUGCUGCGCCAUCGUACACCACGGGGGCGCCGGCACCACCAAUGCCUCCGCAAAGUCUGGGGUGCCCACCGUGAUCUUGCCUUUAUCCUUUGACCAGUUCGACCAUGCCGACCGCGUGAAUGAAUGCGGGAUUGGCGUUGGGAUGAAGCCCAUGAUGAGCCUGGAGCCCGAAGAGGUGGCAAAGGCCAUCCUGUGCUGUGUGGAGAGCAAA